GUGGGCUCGUGAACCGGAAGUGUUCGCGUGUGCCACACUGCACCAUGGCUCCCGGGGGCUGUUGUUGUCAUCAUAAUACUACCAUAUUAUAAAUAUUUAUAUGCCGAAUAGUAGGACUGCUUUUUUCCUCUCAUUAUGUCAGUCUUCUUAUAUCGUGACGUUAUUUUAAAAGCGUCCCCCUGUUCUUAGGUAUAGAGUUUUACAAUUUUUAGUAAAGGUGAAAGAAAAAACAUCAAGUUUUAACAAGUUAAUCGACAAAUAAUUUUGUAAAUAGUCUGGAGAAAAACUCUUCACAAAGAAAUCUGGCGCGUUGCCCCCAGUCGUAAGCAAUCGCAGAUUUUCCAGAUACGAGAGCUAAAAUGGACGACUUCAGCUCGAUAAGCCUCUUCUCCCUGGCGAUGCUGGUGGGCUGCUACGUGGCGGGCACCAUUCCUCUGGCCGUCAACUUCUCCGAGGAGAAGCUGAACCUUGUCACGGUGUUGGGGGCAGGAUUGUUAUGUGGCACAGCAUUGGCUGUCAUCAUCCCAGAGGGAGUCCACGCACUUUAUGAGGAAAUCUUGGAAGGAAAACACGGUUUGGUUGAGAGCCAAGCUGCAGAGGCUGUGGUGAAGACGGGAGAGGGAGUGGCAGCGGUGGCAGCAGAGCAUGACCACGCUCACGACCAUGCCCAACUGCAUGCCUACAUUGGUGUUUCACUAGUGCUAGGCUUUGUCUUCAUGCUGCUUGUCGACCAGAUUGGCACUUCCCAUGUGCAUUCAGCUGAUGAUCCGGAGGCUGCUAGAACUGCUAAUUCUAAAAUCACAACUACGCUUGGAUUGGUUGUACAUGCUGCAGCUGAUGGAGUGGCUCUCGGAGCAGCCGCCUCCACUUCACAGACCAGUGUACAGCUCAUCGUAUUUGUUGCCAUCAUGCUGCACAAGGCUCCAGCAGCCUUUGGUUUGGUCUCCUUCCUGAUGCAUGCAGGCCUUGAACGCAAUCGAAUUCGAAAGCAUCUUUUGGUUUUUGCCCUGGCAGCUCCCCUCAUGUCAAUGCUUACUUAUGUUGGACUCAGCAAGAGUAGUAAAGAGGCCCUUUCAGAAGUGAAUGCAACUGGUGUCGCCAUGCUGUUUUCUGCUGGGACGUUCCUCUACGUGGCCACUGUUCACGUUCUCCCAGAGGUGGGAGGUGGCGGGCACAGCCACAUGCCCAAUCCAAGUGGGAGCAACGGGGGAAAGGGACUGAGUAAAGUGGAGGUGGCGGCCUUGGUGGUAGGCUGCCUUAUUCCACUUGUUCUCUCCAUCGGACAUCAACAUUAAUACAUGACGGGGACUUUUGUAUAGGAAUUGAUGUCAUUUGGGACUAUUAAUAGAACACAAUUUCUUCUGGUCGGUGUGGUCUCCCAAGGGCAGUGGGUCAUGGCUUAAAAGGAAAUUGAUUCAUAUCUAGGUAAUCUAAGCAAGAAAACAACAAUCGGUGUCCCACGUUUUGGCCUGGAUACAAAGGACAAGACAUUUUUUAGCAGGUAGGUAGGUUCCUGUUGUGGAAUAAAAACACAUCUUGUACAUUUAAAUUUUUACUUGGACUGAUAAAAGGAGCAAGAAGUAGAAAUUCAUGUGGGAGGUGUGAUGUAAAUGUUUUUAAUUUUUUAUUGUAAAAACAAUAGGUUUAUAAGAGACAUCUAACGGUCAAUAAUAAUACUUUGUAUACUUUGCACCUCUUUUAAGCCAUGUUCGAUACUUGUCCUUGUUGGUGCAACAGUCCCCAAGCAUUCAUCAGUGGGUGUUCUCGCAUGGGUGGUUGUAGUCUUAAUUUUUUCACCAAACACAGAUCGAGCAUUGCCGAAAUGAUCCUCAACUUUAACGUGGACACCUUUGAAUGUCCACAAGCUGUAUGUGUCAAAUAAUCAUACUGAACGCACAGGCUUAAAGGUGAACUUGUUUAAAUGAAGUAAAUUAUGAGUUGUUCCCAUUAAGUUUGUUUUCUGAUUCAAUGAUGAUAUUUUUGGACAAUGAAAAGUAAUGUCUUAAUUAUUCAAAUCCUUGGUCCAAUUGUUGAAGAGACUUUCUGUGGCAGUUCAUUCAAUUGUGUUUUUGUAAUUACAAAAUCUAAUUUAAUAUGUGUGAAAUCUAUGUUAAUCCACUGGCAGAAACUAUUAUGUGAUGAAUACAUAUGUGCAAGAAAUUAUGGGGCGAUACAUUGGUGCUUUCAUUGGGUUUUUGGUGCUUUGUCUUUCAUUUGAGCCACUAGUUCUGGCUGUGAAGGUUAUUAUUAAAACAGUUGUAGGUGAUUUACUCUGAACAUGUGAUGAACUUCAAAACGUUCUGCCUUCUGUAUUAUUCACACUGUCCGUAGUCCUCCUCAGGUGUCAAAUAUUACAGGCUGCAAUAUUUUUUCUCCCCACAGUGGAAUUAUAAUCAAAAACUAUAAAUUCAUCACUUUGUCAGAUAAGGAGCAAUUCAAUAACAUUUUGAAACAUUUAAAGAAAAUAUUUCAACCCCUUAAUCGUGCAUUACGUCCUUUUUGAAAAGCCAGGCAAUGGGAGGAUAGGACACGACCUUUUAUUUUUGGAUACGUCAUUAAACAGUUUGGUGACCAUGUAUCGAAUGUUCAUGCCAAAUAAAAAUGUAAAAAUCAGAGCUUAA